GUGGACCGGCUAAAAUGGCUCUCUCGCCGCCACUUCCGCUUCUCGCUCAAACGUAGUACAGCCUCCUCUCUCUUUCCGUUCGUUUGCUGUGUGUGUCUCCCGGCCACUGUCCACUCACCGACGCGCACCACACAAACAUCCAACAAUCUCUCCACAAUCCCCUACCUAUUUCCAACCCUUCUUAUCAGAAAUCGCGCUUGUGUGAAGACAGCGAAAAGAGAGGUACCUUCACAAUUCGUUUACAGUCGAACUCCUCUUCGGAUAAGGAAGCAGCGGAGUUCGAUCAAGCGACACGGUUUGUCUGCAUCCACGUUGGUACGUGCUCCCUCCAUCGACGCAACGCUGUUGUGCUCGUCUUUCGGUCUCCGCGUGGUUUUCCAUGACGUCUCCGGCUGCCGCCCCUCGUCGCCAGAAGACACUUGUCCACGCCAUAAAACAAACGUUCUGCGGGGCGACGUCCUCGACAGGUACAACCAACAAAAGCAGCGGUGUGGCGUCUCGCCGCAACACCAGCAACUACCCCACCGCCGUACCCUCCUCUUCGACCGCGCCCGCUCUCUCGUCCACGCGAAGCCCCAGGACUCUUAACGCGUUGACGCGCAGCAGCAGCGUCGUCACGCUCGGGCGGGCGCCGGAGACGCCAUCGAGGCGCGAGCGACGCGUCGGUCCGCCACCCGAGGCAUUGCCGACACCCAACUUCUACGAACGCUUCCCCCGCGCUGUCGGACCGCUGGCGAACGUCCUCAUCACCUCACCGGAGGAGUUCGGACACUUCCGCCUGAUCGCCCGUCCCAUUCGAGUGGUGGAGCGCAAGGAGGAACGGAAUGCCGCGAAGGACCGACUGAGCCGCGAGGACAUCGCGAGAGGCGGUUUCUUUGUCUACGAGCCGGACAACGACGCCCCGCGCUACUUCCUUCUGCACGACAAGAAAGUGAACGUGUACGGCACCUCGUCCUACCGGCGUCGAUAA